CCUCCGCCAGUGACGUCACUUGUUCACGCCUCGCCCGAUGACGUCACGCGCCUGUGGCCUUAAACAAGAUGGAGGUCGCGCGUUAGGCCGGUAGGAGACUUCAAAUCAAACAUCGCCAUCACAACAACAACAACCACAACCACAACAACAAUAACAACACUAACAACAACAAUAACAACAACAAUUGUAGGAAUCUUCGUGAUCGUUGACACGCUUCUGUCGUCACCAACUCAUCCCAGCGACGAGAAUCGAUUCACGCCGCUCGCUUCACGUCAGCUCUCCUCACACCCUGGUGGUGAGGAGGUGGUGAGGAGCAAUGGCUCAAGCAAAGCCGCCAUGCCCUCGACUUAUCGACUACAUCAUCAUAGUGGGUGCCAGACACCCGCGAUGUGACGGGGCCCCCCAGAGCCCCGAGCUGCUCCGACGCUUCCCGGCCUCCGACCACUCCGGCUUCCCUCUGCCCCGAGACUCGGUGUGCUUCUGUCAGCCCGAGGGCUGUACCGUGAGCGUCCGCAGAGGCCGAGGCGGCGGUGGCGGAGGGGGGGUCGGUGGGGGGGCCGUGGGGGGAGGGGCCGGGGGGGCCGGGGGGGCCGGGGGGGCCGGGGGGGGCGGACUGCUGCGGACCGACUCGAGUUUCACGUUCACGCUCACGGACAAGGACUCCGGGACCGUGAGAUACGGGGUCUGUGCAAACUUCUACCGUCCGUUCCCCGCUACGAACCGUAACAAAGAGAAGGCAACAGCAGAGGGAGGUGGAGGAGGAGCGGAGGCACGGGGCACAGCACAGGCAGGUGAUGGUGGUGAUGGUGGUGGUGAGAACGUGAGAAGAUCUCCGGCCAAGACUCAAGCACGUCCACGCAGGAGCGUGACUGGCACGCACUCCCUCACCUCUCUCUGCAUCAUCUCCCACCCCCCGUUCCUCACCGCCUUCCGGGAGAUGUUGUUCAUCCUGAAGCGUCUCCCACCCACCCACCCACUCACCGUGUCUCCCACCCACCCACCCACCGUGUCUCCCAGGAGCGUGACUGGCACGCACUCCCUCACCUCUCUCUGCAUCAUCUCCCACCACCCGUUCCUCACCGCCUUCCGGGAGAUGUUGUUCAUCCUGAAACCCACCGUGUCUCCCAGGAGCGUGACUGGCACGCACUCCCUCACCUCUCUCUGCAUCAUCUCCCACCACCCGUUCCUCACCGCCUUCCGGGAGAUGUUGUUCAUCCUGAAGCGUCUGAUGGACGCCUGCGGCCUACGCACUGACGGAGCCACGCGGCGGCUCGCUCAGGCGCGCGUACUCGCACACAGAGAAGCCGUCUGGCGUCUGCUCACCACCACCACCACCUCCACCACCUCCACCACCUCCACCACCUCCACCACCUCGGCGUCCACCACCUCCGCGUCUCUUCGCCGAGACGUGGACGAGCUGGAGGCCUGGGUGGAGCGCCUCCUCCGUGCCCCGGUCCCGACGGCCGGAGUCGCCCGCCUGGAGCUGCUGGCCAUGCCACCUGAGCUGCAGGUGGCAUCGCCCAUCGUGAUGGCCUCGCCGGACGCGGGGCGACUCUCGCUGGUCGACUACCCGCUCCACCUGCCUCUCGAGCUGCUCGGGGUCGACCUGUGCCUCCACGUGCUGUGCUGCAUCGUGCUGGAGCACAAGGUGGUGUUCCAGUCGAGAGACUACAAUGCCCUCUCAAUGAGCGUCAUGGCGAUGGUGGCCAUGCUGUACCCACUGGAGUAUAUGUUCCCUAUCAUCCCACUGCUACCCACGUGCAUGGCCUCCGCUGAGCAGCUCCUCCUGGCCCCCACGCCGUACAUCAUCGGAGUGCCGGCCUCCUUCUUCCUCUUCAAGGCGGGGUUCCAUCUCCCGGACGACGUCUGGCUAGUCGACCUGGACACUAGCAAGGUGAUAACUCCCAAGGGAGCUGACUCCAUCCCCCCUCUCCCUGAGCCUGAAGCCACUCACCUCAAGACUAACCUCAAGCAGGCCCUGGCCAGCAUGAGCCUCAACACUCAGCCAAUCCUCAACCUCGACCGUUUCCAUGACAACAACAACGCGGGUGGGGGGGGCUCCCCCGGGGGGGGGGGCGCCGAGGCCCCCCUGCUGGGCCCCCCCCGUCUCCGUGACGACGCCUCGGCCCCCCCCUCGGCGCUCUGCAAGGAGUCGAACUCCCUCAUAUACGGAAACGACACGGACUCUGUUGACGUGGCUACCAGGGUGGCGUUGGUGCGCUUCCUAAACGGGCCCAACGUGCUCCGUGGCCUGUCGGAGCACACCCGCACCCUCCGGCUGUACCCAAGGCCUGUCGUGGCCUUCCAGUCGGCGGCCUUCCUGGCCAGCCGGCCCUCCCUGUCGGCCUUCACUCAGCGGCUGGCCCAGACGCAGGCUGUCGAGUUCCUGGGCGAGUGGCUCCUGAACCCGGGCAACCUCGCCUACCACCGCAUCUGCUCCAAUGUGUCUGACCCAGCCGUGAUAGGAGAUAAACACAAGUGGUACUCACAGAGACUGCUGCCCAUCAGCUAC